UGACAUGCUCUGUCUUUGUCAUGAAGGGGGCGUGUACGCGUGUUACAUAAAAGGUGACUAAACUGUGCUCAGCUAUGUCCAUGGCGCCGUGAUCCUCCGCACAUCCACGCAAGGGAUCCAGCAGAACCGAAGGCGCACAGGACAGCUCCGAUUAUGGCUGCCCUGCUGAGGAUUGGAUGCCUGGGCUGCAUCAAGCCUCUGCAGGCCCAGUGCUUGGUGGCCCUCCGCGCUCCCGUAACAGCAGCCUACAGCUCCAAGUCUGGAGGCUCCAAAAAGAUCAAAAAGACCAACAACAAAAACCCUUCCAAAACAUACUUUGACAUUGAGAAGCUCGUCCAACAUAAGUCUUAUGAAGCAUCCAAGGCGUCUCAUGUGGCAGCGUCUGCAGCAGCAGCAGAAGCUGCCUCUAAACCUUUCCUAGAAGCAGUACCAGCUUCUGAGGCUGCACCUGUCAUUGAAGCAGCACCUGUCGCUGAAGCAGCACCUGUCGCCGAGGCAGCCACUGCUCCUGAACCUGUUGCAGAAGUAAGCCCCGAACCUGCUGCAGAAGCAGCACCUGUCACAGAAGCAGUACCUGAACCUGUCACAGAAGAGCCCCCAGCUGCUGAAGUAGUCACUGCUCCUGUCACUGAAGCAGCCCCUGAACCUGUCGCAGAAGCGGCACCUGUCACAGAAGCAGCACCUGAAACCAUCGCAGAACCAGUCCUAACAGCUGAGGCAGCCCCUGAACCUGUCACAGAAGCAGCACCUGUCAUAGAAGCAGCUCCAGCUGCCGAGGUAGUCACUUCACCUGCCACUGAAGUAGCCCCUGAACCUGUCGCAGAAACAGGCCCUGAUCCUGUUGUAGAAGCAGCCCCUGAACCUGUCACAGAAGUGGCUCCAGCAAUUGAAGCAGCCCCUGAACCUGUCACAGAAGUGGCUCCAGCAAUUGAAGCAGCCCCUGAACCUGUCGCAGAAGUGGCUCCAGCAAUUGAAGCAGCCCCUGAACCUGUCGCAGAGAGUGUGGUGGAAGCGGCAGCUGAGCCAGCCUUUGUAGAGGAGGUGGUGGUUGAACCUCCACAGGUCCCAGAGCCCAGUGUGGAGCCUGCCCUGGUGGUGGAGGCCUCAGAGGUCAUAGAGCAGGCAGCUGAAGCUGUGGUGGAGAGCGUCUCGGAGGUGGUGACAGAAGCAGCUCCAAUUUUGGAGGCUGUAGCUGAGGUGGUGGUGGAGGCCACUCCGGUUCUAGAGGUUGCUGCUGCUGCUGCCGUUCCCGGAGUACAGGCUGUAGCUCAGGCCGUAUCUAAAGCUGGUUCUGUGGUGGACGAUGUAGUUGAGACAGUGGCCGAAUCAUUAGUCGAAUCUAAAACUGAAGCAGCACCAGAGGCCACCCCGGCAGAAACAGAGGUGGUGGUGGAUGUGGCCCCUGCUGUAGAUGCCACUGAAGAGCUGAUGGACUCUGCACCGCUGGUGUCUGAAGCAGCUGCAGAGGAGCUCCCAAUGGAACCGUUUGAGGCUCCAAUGGACCCGGUUCAGAAGCUUUUCCUGGACGCAAUACGAAGUUAUUCCUCCCAAAGCCAGUCUGGUGGGGGUCUGGUGGAUGCGGGGGCAGAGUAUGACAAAGCCUUGGCCGAGGAGAUCGCUAAACUACAGAGGCUCUAUGGAGGAGGUGACCUUACCUCCUUCCCCACAUUCAAGUUCUCAGAACCAAAAUUUGACUGAGGACUUGGUGCAUGUUUGGGACUUUGCCUCCUCCCUGUGGCCUCCUCUGCUCCUGCUCCUGCUUCAUGUACAGUGCUGUCUGUCUGCUGUGUAGAGAACAGAAGGGAACACCGCUUUGACUGGCUGACUUUAGGACUAAUGUUGAAUAAAAGUGUCGGAGUGAACCAGUGUGGUUGCACUUUUGGUGGCUCAUCUCUAGUGUUAGAAAAUACAGAGGCAAACCACUUCCUCUUUAAAUUAAGACUUAAAUCGUGGUCUUUUUAACUUUUAUAACAUGCAGAUGUUUAUUCUUUAAGUUGGUUCAGCUAGUUUAAAGUGCAUGACAGGUUUUCAUGUUUUUCUAACUAUGACUUGGUUUGGGGGGAUAGUAUCUGUGGUCAAUAUUUAUCAUAGUUUUACAACAACUGCCAAGUAUCAGUGUGUGAAGUCAAUUUUUAAAAAGUAGAAAAUUAUAGGCAGUAGUGGUAAGUUCUAAAACAGAAUACCUCUACCAAUGUCAUCAACAUGGAAAAUUCAGAGACAAUUUGCGCACAAGGAGGCACUUUUAACUUUUUAAACAAUAAUUUAACAAAAAAAGACGUUGGAUAAUUGUAUUAGUCAAUGCAUAACAACUGUGUAAAUUAACCCAUCUUUGCCACUUCUUUACAAUAUAGUUGCGGAAUUAUCUCUACAUAUGGCAUCUGCUGCCCAUAUCCAACCAGGAAGUAAAAUUAUACUCUUUAUCAAAAUUGUCCACUAAGGAAUGUAAUGG